UGGUCGUAAAUUGACGUUUCAAAGAUGUAAUGCCCAGUGACCAACGAAGGCAAUUUCAUUCAAUGUUUAAAUAUUUGGCAAACUGCAGAAUAAUGCACAGAAAUGCGGCCGUUUUAACUGUUAUGUGUAUACUAUUGUGUCUUACAUUUAAUUACACCUUUCCCUUGCACAGAGAAGGCACAAAAUGGUUUAUGGAUGCUUAUAAUAACCAUUCAAGAAUAUGUGGCAAAACAGAGCAUCAAAAUAUUGCAGAACGAACCAAAAAAAUGGCAUCCAACAUUGAAAAUGCAUUGAGAAGAUUUAAAGAUUCCACACAAGACAUUUCUAAAAAUCUUCAAGCACACUUAAAUACUGUUAAAAAUGCUUUGAGCGAAGAAGAUCUUCGACAGUAUGAACAACUAGUCAUAAUGAAGAAAUAUCCCUAUUUGGAUCUGAAAGAGAUUGAAUUAAAAUACAGUCCUUCAGACAAAAAUGCGCGGCAAAGUGCUAAAUACGAAACUGGGAAUAACUAUGCUGGCGAUCCAAGCAUUUGUGAGCCUAUGGAAGAGGCACCAAACGUAGAAAUAACCAACAGGGGCCUCACAGGAUUUGCAAUACCGGCAAAGAUAGUGAAAGCCACCAAACUGUUGGAAAAUAAGUUGAAAUUAAAUAAUAUCGAAGACUCGGCGGUAAACCAUAAUUUAAAAUUAGCUACUAACCUCCCUGAUGUUUUAGGGAGUCUCCGAGAUGACAUUGUGUACUAUGAAGAAAAGAAAAUAAAAUAAAAAUAGUUAAAAAGUGUAUUUUUCUGAUCACAGUGUUAUACCUACGUCUUUGGUUUUUUUUUCUAACAACAAACAACAUCUAUUCAUGCGACCGAAUUUACAAUUGUAGUGUACAAUU